CAUUGUGCAAACGACUAGAUCUAUGAACUAAAAGUAUUCAACAAAAACCUUGUUUUAUGUAAUUUUGUUCAGUAGUUGUUUGUUGUUGGUAUUUUUUACUCACAUCGCGAUGUAAUAUGAUUUUCUCUAAGAACUCAUCGCAUAAUUUUACAUGUGAUCAAUGGUUAGAAAGUGAAAUGUUGUGACAUAAUAAACAUAAUCCAGUUGAAAGGUGAAAUUACGAGGUGGAUAACCUUGCGCCGUUACAUUAGAACAGGCGCUAAUAGAAAGUUAUUUGUUGGCGUACAAUCUAUAGCAGUCGUUAGUUAGUAUCGCGAGAGACUUUGGCGUUGGUGCAUAGCUUGUAGUGUUAGUUAUUUAUCAACCUAUUUUGUGUAAAAUGAUUGGAUUGGUUGAAUCUGCUGUGUGUCUCUCUGUUGCUGUUGAAAGUGAAUCAAGACCACCACUCCUAAGAAUGUCAACCUCAGGUCUGACUUCAGAAGCGCAGUUGCGUUACAUUCUGCAGUGGUUCGAAGAGUUCAGUGAGCUGCAGCGUGACGACUUCUUGCCUGUCCUCGCAGCUGCUCGUGGAAACCAGGCGGAUCAGCUGGCUGCUACGUUGGCUGCUAUGACAUGCCAGGACAAGCCUGUCAGCUUGUUUCAAUGCCGUAUUAAGUUGUUUAAUGAGUGGUAUCCCACCUGGGCCGAAGAAGAACAGGACCGAUUAAUCAAAGGUGUAUCGGAAGUGGAUCCUGAGUUUGGUGAGAAACUGCAGGACUAUCUUACUAAUGGACCACCUGUAAACGGAGAAUUUAACUUUUUAAUCGGAGAAAAUUUGGCACACGAGGAGGAAAAUAAAAAGGAAAAUGAGCAAUGGAAUAAUGAGGAUUCGGUAGCGCCUGCAGAGGAGGAAGGCCAGGGGAUAUCCCAAGACAACAUUCCAGUAGAAAUUGCUGCCGCAUCUUAAAAUGGGUAUGCACAUCGUUUUAAAAAGAGCCAUUAAUCUAAGAUAUAUCUCAUAAGGCAGCAAUUUCAUUUCUUUGAACCUAUUGUCUAUUUUUUUUCUUUUUUCAUACAUUCCCAUUACUUCAAAAUAGAAACUAUUCCAUUCUUACUUAACAUACAUUCCAUUUUUCGUACUUUAUUUUAAUAAGAAUCUCGUGUUUACUAUUUUAUUGUUAGAAUAAUUUUAUGAGAGCCUUUAUUUAUAAAAUAGAUUAAUGACUUAAAUCUAUUUAAAUGUAUUUUUAAGGAUACUAUACUUUGUGAGCACAUUUAUGAAUAUUAUGCCAAAUAUGAACCAACAGUAUUUGUGAAAUGAUCAUAUUUCAAAAAACGUCUAAAAUAUUAUACUGAUUUUUAGAUCUGAAACAAAAAAAUAUAUUUUUAGCCCUUAGUUUCUUUUUCAUAAAGUGAUGUUUAUCAAUAUUUUUUGCAAGUACAAAGCUAUUCGUGCCAAGGUAUUAAGAUGGAAUUACUAUUAUUAGAUAUAAAUAAAAAGUCAUGGCAAC